UGGACGACAUCAAGGUGCUGUCGGUGGAAUUGUGGCUGGAGGUGUUUUUCCAUUUGAACACGCUGAUGCAAAAUAAACUGCGUGGGGUGUGCUCAACAUGGGAUUCCAUCCUGCAAUCCCCUCUGCUGACAGCUAACAUUGUUACGGGAUUUCCGAGCUGGGGCGAUAUGAACGACGGGACUAUAAUCUGACCGCUCCCAUAUUCAAAUGUCUACGACCAUCCACGCGCCGCAUCACUGUAGUCGGUUACGCGGUAAACUUUGAACAGGUGAGUAGUUUUUACAAAAUGGCGGACAUGGUGCGGUACGUUCAGGAGACCACUCCCCAAGUUCGGUUUACGGCGCUGAAUGUGGUGCGACAUACAUUCCGGCUCAGGUGGGUGGGCUGCAACCAUAGGCUGGAAUGGUACAAAUGUCCUUUGCAUCAUCCGGAGACAGCUGUGAGCGCUGCAAACGGUUUUUUCCAAUGCGACAGUUCCCUGGAUGAAUUUAUUGCCACAUGCCGCCAUCUUCCGUGUGAUGGGAUCCAGGUGAGCCAGUGCCGCUUUACACUGUCCUUCGGCACGAUGCUCGGUGAAUGUGUUAUCGACAUUCCCCGAGCGCGCCUGGCAGUGAACGCUGAUCUAACCAGCACGAUGUGGGAAGCGUUGGAGGCGGGGUUGCUGAGACCGAGUGAGGAGGAGCUGCGUACCCUGUUGACGUCUUUGGACCGGACUGCUGAUCCAUACAAUAACGAAGAACCUCAGUUUCGAUGGAAAUACCGGACGUUGGUUUGCAAGGUUCUGUGUGCGACGCAGACAGCUGAUCCGCGCUCGUCGGUGCAUUAUCGCGGCAAGAAAUGGUGCGUCGAUGGUCUGCAGGGAUUGCAGAUGGGGAAGUUGUCACGCAUUGCGCUGCAUUUCCUCAUUCAGCUGGCGAAGAACAUUGAUCAGUUAUGUGCAUUCUAUCCGUACCUUUACGAGGAGUAGAAUUUAUGCAGGUAUUGGAGGGGUUAUUGUAAUGAACACCUCAAGAAACGUCUGAAGAAUGGAUUUCGAAUGUAAAUUUUGUUGUACUAAUACUGAUAGGGUGAUCGAAAGCUCUGUUUCUACCGCUUGAUUUCGGACUUACGAUUACUUCUAAAGUGUUUCUCACCUAACGGUGCAUGUUAUAAUGAUGUCCCAAGUUAGGACAGAUUAUUGUUUGCUGGAUCGCUUGUUGUUUUGCUCUGAUACACCAAUACUGAAACUUCUGUUGCCAGAUGAGAGUCCGAUGACACGAGCUGUGAGAAGUCAAGGA